CAAAGAAUGCGUGGGAAAAGUCGUGGGACAAGCAGAAGAGUGGGAGACCUACCAAAAACUUAUAUCUAAACCCUCCAAGAGCACACUACAAUACUGGAUGUAUUUGUGCAAAGCCAGGCCAGCAAUACUUAUCCAGCUUCGCACGGAGCGGGUAGGAUUGGGGCACUAUUUGUGGCGGAUCAAAAAGCACGAGAAUCCAUAUUGUGAAUGUGGCUUAUCUGGACAAUCCGUGAAGCAUGCACUCCUCGACUGCCCCUUGUACGCAGACGAACGAGAGCUCAUGUGGGCGGAAUCAAAGGAUUCCGUCGAACGACCGAUUUGCAAGCGUGAUUGA